AUGACCACCGUGGUUCUCCAGAACACCCCUUUACAAUGGGGUCCUUGUGAUCCUACCACUGUCACAAACCCUGCGCUCACCUGCGCUUUUCUCGAGGUCCCGCUGGACUACUUCGACGCCUCCGCCGGAACGGCGCGACUCGCGCUCGCAAAAGUGAACGCGACGAGCGAGCGUCGUGGAACGGUAUUUUCAACCCAGGCACGAGGACCGGGCGGCUCCGGGAUCGUCUCCCUGUCCCAGGAGAGCGCCUACCUCCUCGCAGUAACUGCGGGGCUGUACGACAUCGUCAGCUGGGACCCGCGCGGGGUCGGUACGCUCACGACCCCAGGGGAGAUCCACUGCUUCUCGAGUCCCGAAGAGUACAACUCAUUCUUCAACGGCACGCUCGAGCUCACGGGCAUCGACUACACCGGCGCCUUCACCGACCCGCACGAUAUCGAGCACCUCCUUGCACGGGCGCCGCUUAUGCAGCGCAAAUACGAGGAGGCCGGGCGGAAGUGCUUGGACGGCCCGGGCGAGAGGUAUCUGCGGUAUGUCGGGACGGCGUCUACAGUGCGCGACUUGAUCGCGAUGACGGACGUGAUCGAGGGCGAGGGUGCGCUCGUGAAUUAUAUAGGGGGGUCGUAUGGGACGUACCUGGGUGCUCGGUUUGUGAACAUGUUCCCUGAGCGCGUAGGGAAGGUCAUCCUCGACGGCGUGAUCAACUCCGCGAUCUACGCGAACCAUUCGUGGGCCUUGCAUAAUCAAUUGGUCGACACGGACGCCGUUUACAGGGGAUUCGUCACUGGAUGCGCCCUAGCAGGUCCUCAAGGGUGUACAAUCGCCUCUGCGGGCCAAACUCCAGAGGCCGUGCACCAGACGAUCCUGGGUGUGCUCCAAGCGGCGUAUGGGGCCGAUGUGAAAGCAGGAAAUGCAGGUUCCCUGAUCACGUCUUACCAGAUCCGAGCGAAACUCUUCAACGCAUUGUACUCACCGGCGUCAUGGGCCUCUGUUGCGAACGAGCUGUGGCCCCAGAUUGUAGGGAACGUAUCUGCCCCCUCCCAGAGUCCUUCGCGGAGGACUAGACAAGAUAACAAGGCUAAUGCAACAGUUUCGUACACGGCAAUUGCUAUCUUCUGCGCAGAUGACGGCGUCAACCCUGAGAGCACGGAGAUGUCGACGGUCUUCCAGAGCGUCGUCACGCAGACUCAGAAUGUGAGCCACAUGGUGGGAGGCGUCUGGCCCCAACCUGUCUACUACUGCCCAUUCUGGCCUGUCCGUGGGGUAGAGAGGUACCAAGGACCGUUCAAGAAAACGCUCGUGAACAAGAUCGCCCUCGUCGGAAACACCUAUGACCCUGUGACGCCGUUCUCUGGUGCGCAGGGACUCGCAGACCUGCUCGGGAACUCUGCCAACCUCAUACGGCUAAACGCCUUCGGUCAUACCAGUGCGGCGGAGCCGUCAGAUUGUACCGUAGCUCUCGGCCAGGCCUACUUCGCCAACGGGACCCUUCCUGAGGAAGAUGACGUGGUGUGCGGGGUCAAUAAUGACUUCGAGCCCUUCCCUGGCGUCAACACCGCAGCAAUCCUCGCGAACUUGACGAACUUCCAGCACUGA